ACCUCUUCACCAGCAAACUCCCACCUCCAGCACCUCACGCGUGACCUCUGUCUCCGGCCAUCAGAUCCGGUUCACUUUGACUCCAACCGACACCUCUGAAUGAUAUCGUCGCCAUGGAGGUCCAAUCUCGGUUUCUCUCUCAACCACUUCACUGACGAACUGCCGCCAUCUUCGGCAAACCUGUGAGGGAAGAGGGAGAGACGGAGGUCCACACAGCACGACCGACAUGACCCAUACCCAAUAGAUCUUGACUCCCAGACCUGUUGGAAUAUUUGAUAUUUCAGACCCAACAAAUCUUAUGUGUUUUGAGGGUGGCGGAAUCCGUGAAAUUUUAUCAAAUAAAGGUUGAGCCUCUGACUUGCAACAGAACAUUUGGGAGCUGAUCGGAGAGGGUGGUUCGAAGGUGCGUUGGGCUCCGGCGGCAUGGUGGGGUGAGAGGGGUAGAGAUUGGAAAGGGUUAUUUUUGUAAACUUCUUUCUUAUUUUAUUUUUCAAUUUUUUUACAGCAGGUAUGCAAACCUAUUAUAGUAGAGGUUGUCUUCCAUCCGCCGCCGUAACCGCAGUCUCCGUCGUUUUCUUCUCUUCCUCUUCGUCGGAGUUGUGGUUGAGGGAAGCCAUGACACGACCUUUUGGUAUGAAGGGGCGGAAGAGAAAGGACAAGGAAGCUAAAUAUGAUCGCGAAGAAGAUGAAGACGAACAAGUGCAACCUAAGAGACCUAUGCUCCAAAAUGCUGAAGUAGCUGCAGCAAAUGAGGAGGAUGAACUUGUAGGUAUCCCAAUUAUGCCUAGUGACCACAAGAGUGACAACCCUAAUGUCAUAUUCAUUCUUGAAAGGGCUUCUUUGGAAGUCGCCAAGGUUGGCAAGACUUAUCAGCUUUUGAACUCGGAUGACCAUGCCAAUUUCCUCCGCAAAAAUAACAAGAAUCCUGGUGAUUAUAGGCCUGACAUUACUCAUCAGGCCCUUCUAUCUAUUUUAGAUAGCCCACUAAAUAAAGCUGGGAGGUUGCAGGCAGUAUACAUAAAGACUGAAAAAGGUGUUCUUAUAGAGGUUAAGCCCUAUGUUCGUAUUCCAAGAACAUUCAAACGGUUCUCUGGUGUCAUGUUACAACUGCUUCAAAAAUUGAGCAUAUCUGCUGCUGGCAAGCAUGAGAAACUUCUCCGCACAAUAAAAAACCCUGUGACUCAGUAUCUGCCUGUCAACUCACGAAAAAUAGGUCUUUCAUUCAGUUCAGAAAAGCUCGUAAAUAUGAAUGACUACGUAUCAACUGUUCCAAGCGAUAUGAACCUUGUCUUUGUGGUAGGAGCAAUGGCCCAUGGGAAGGUUGAGACGGAUUACACAGAGGACUAUAUAGCAGUUUCUGGGUACCCUCUAAGUGCUGCUUACUGUAUUACAAGGAUUUGCAACGCCCUUGAGGCAAAGUGGAAGAUAUUGUGAUUUAGAUUCUUCAGUUCAUGCCUGAGAUACAUUUUUCUAGUUUCAGCAGUAUAUUCAUGUAAUAACAGGGAUAGGCAGGCGGCCUAGCAGUGAUGUGGGAAAUCAAUUUCAAGAUUAGUUAACUGUGAGGUUUUUUGAGGGCAUGCUUGAUAUAUUGGACCAGAAUGGUGCUUUUAAAGUUUAUUGAUUGUCAAUGCUGUAUUUGAAUUAAUCAUACCUUCCACCUUGAUACAUUACAAGGGGAUAUGCUGAACAGGGUUUAAUCUGUAUUAUGUUCACUGAACUAAUACACGGUUCUAGAUA